AUGCCGCCUAUUCGGACACAGGGUAAGAAACGAGGAGCAGCAGCGGCGCUUUCAAGUCCGCUCAAAGCUCCCGAGCGUGAUGCACCAAAGCGUGCUGUAACCCAAAGGACUAUUCAGUCUUUUUAUACUCCGGUAGAGCGCGCAACGGCUGCGGCCCAACGAGAGACCAUAUCGACAGUAUCAGCCCCUGCGCAAGCAACUAGUGGAGGAGUCGAUGAGGCCCAUAUUACACCUAAAGCCGCAGCAACAGACGGAACCCGAGAAUUACAAGAGAUUUGCGAAAGUUCAGCUGCUUCGGCAGGGCCUGUAGUCAAAGGGGCUGCUGCGACACGCAAGACCUGGUCACUACUCAUGAAUGGGGCGCAGAACGAGGGGGAGAAAGAAGCGUAUUUUCGGGGGAAUCGGGAAUGGGAAACACAUCAUCGAAAUUGGCUUGGAAAGAAGACCAAGAUGGUGAGAUUUGGCUCUGAAUUCGUUCUGCAAGAUGAACAUAUAAAUGAACUGAUCUCACUUGGGCCUCAUAUAUGUCGUAAUCUGACGCACUUUGAGUUCGGUUACAGUGAUGUGAAUUAUGGUGCUAAGAACUCGGCUGAGGAACUCACGGACGAGGCUGUGAUUCGUCUUGUCGAGUUAUGUCCCAAACUUCGCCGCAUGCAGCUUCAGGGAACCUCAGGCCUCAAGGAUAUCACGCUUGAAGCUAUAUUUGAGUAUUGUCCAAACAUCUCUUACGUAGAGAUCACUACAGCUAGCAGGGGUGGAUUCAAUGGGCUGAAUGGAUCGGCCCUUGAUACGUUGCGGGAACAUCCUGAUUGGGGCACCAAGUUGAAAACUCUCCGGCUUCCAAAACCAGAUAGUUGCUCGGGGCGCGAUCCUCUCACGCGGGCAGUGCGUGCUCUCACCAAGGAAAGGAACAAGCUCUCAGUCCAGCUUGUCAGUGUCUCUGAGCGCAAGAAAUGGGGAGAUUGGGAGUUAGAAAUCUAUCAUGCAUUGUUUCGUAAAGGAAGGAUACAGAAUGGCUAUUGA